CUAUCCAAAAAAAUAAAAAUCCUCAUAUGGGGUCCACCCUUCUUUUGAAAUUAUGGGUCCAAUUCAAUCUAACACAACUGUAGAUGUAGAAUGAAAUUGUACUUGAAAGAAACAUAAAAAGAAGAAGAACGACAAACAAAGAACAAAAACUUUACUUAUUUAAAAAAAAAAAACAGAAACAACUUUUAAAACACAUAACAAAAUAUUAAUUAAAUACCAAAAAAAAAAAAACAUAAACGAAAACAAAGCAACCGAAGCAGGCAAUCUCCAUAGUCAUCACCAUCUGGUCCAUCUCCAUUUCCAACAUCAAAAACAAUCUCUCCCAUCCAACGGUCUUAAUUUCAUCGAUUUCAAUCACUUUAAACCUCUUCUUCUUCAAAUUUAACGGUAGUUGAAGUUUGAAGCUCAUCAUGGCUAGGAUAAAACCUCAGGCUUUAUUACUUCAAAGCAAAAAGAAGAAGGGCCCAACUCGAAUCAGCAUCACUACCAUAAUUUUGUGCAAUUUAUUAGUUGUAUUGAUUGUUUUGUGCUUAUUUGGCUCAUAUCGCCACUGGUCUAGAAGGGCAUUGGAGCAAGGCGGGUCUGGAUUGCCAAAUUUGGAGGACAAUGAUGCCUUUGCUUCUUCUAAGAAGUAUGAGAGUGAUAGCUUUUCAGAACCAAAGAAGUAUGAUCUACCUGGUUUUGCUGUGAUUAAGACACCAAAAGGUCAUAUAGCAGUAGAACUCUUUAAGGACGGUUCUCCAGAAAUUGUUGACAGAUUCCUCGACUUGUGUCAAAAAGGAUUCUUUAAAGGGAUGGCAUUCAGACAUGUGAUUAAAAACUACGUGAUUCAUGGUGGAAAUUCCCAAGGGAUUGGAAUAGCUGAAGACUGGAUAUCCAGGGGGAAGGUGCACAGUGAACUCACUACAAGCCCAAAGCAUGAAGCAUUUAUGCUUGGAACUUCAAAGAAUAAGCACGAUGGCAAGGGAUUUGAGCUUUUUAUCACAACUGCACCAAUACCAGAUUUAAACGAUAAGAUACUUGUGUUUGGACGAGUCAUCAAGGGUGAGGAUGUGGUCCAGGAAAUCGAAGAGGUGGAUACUGACGAGCAUUAUCAGCCUAAAUCUAAUGUAGGAAUCAUUGAUGUCACUCUUAAACGUGAGAUCUAAAAUCCGAACCGAGCUAGUGUAAAGUUUUCCCAGUGCCACUCUGUUGUUUCCUGUGUGUCACAAUGCAUUGUUUUUACUUCUUGAUCUUUGAUCUCCCAUGUGAUCAUGCAUCUCAUUCUCUCUUUAUUUUUUCUAAUUUUACUGCUAAUUUUGUUUUGUAUUUUCCAGUGGGGGCAAUGGGGGUAGGAUAUAUUUUGAGUAGGUUUGAUAUGGAUGUUUUAGUUAAAAGGUUCCACAUCUUGGUUUUUGAUAUAAUACAACAUUGGGUUAAAUUUCACUUAAAUCUUUUACUGUUCUGUGGCCAUAA